GCAUAUCUAAGGCAUCAGCGGUCCAUCAUUCCGCAGUCAGUCUCGAGUCCUUCUUCCUCGCCUUUCCUCAGCUCUCUCUCUCGCUCUCUCUCUCCCUCUCUCGCGGUCUGCGGAUCUUGAAUUCUGUUCUCUUCGGCACGAGGCGUUGCCGAUUCGCUCUCAAGAGGAAACAGGAAGAAAGAUGUCGAUCAUGGCGAUGCCCCUGAAUGCGGCCUCCAACCGAACGGUGGCCGUGGGCAAGCCCAGCUUCAUGGGCAAGAGCGUGAUGCGCAAAUCCGCCACGGCCGGAAGGCAGAGCGUGCGAUUCGCCGUCAGGGCUGCGGGCUACGAGGCCGAGCUCGUGAAGACGGCCAAGACCAUCGCCUCGCCGGGGCGAGGAAUCCUGGCCAUCGACGAGUCGAGCGCCACCUGCGGGCUGCGCCUGUCCUCGAUCGGGCUCGAGAACAACGAGCCGAACAGGCAGCUGUACAGGCAAUUGUUGCUUGAAACCCCGGGCCUGGGCGAGUACAUCUCGGGCGCCAUUCUGUUCGAGGAGACGCUGUACCAAUCGACCACGGCGGGCAAGAAGAUGGUGGACGUGCUGGCCGAGCAGAAGAUCGUCGCGGGCAUCAAGGUCGACAAGGGCCUGGUGCCUCUGCCGGGCUCGAACAACGAGUCGUGGUGCCAGGGGUUGGACGGACUGGCCUCGCGCACCGCUGCCUACUACAAGCAGGGCGCUCGCUUCGCCAAGUGGAGAACGGUGGUCAGCAUCCCCAACGGGCCGUCCGAGCUGGCGGUGCAGGAGGCGGCCUGGGGCCUGGCGCGCUACGCGGCCAUCUGCCAGGACAACGGGCUGGUGCCCAUCGUGGAGCCCGAGGUGCUGCUGGACGGCGCGCACUCCAUCGAGCGGACGCAGGCGGUGGCCGAGAAGGUCUGGGCGACCACGAUGUUCCACCUGGCGCAGAACCACGUGCUGUUCGAGGGCAUCCUUCUGAAGCCGAGCAUGGUGACCCCCGGCAACGAGCACGGCCAAAAGGCCACCCCCGAGCAGAUCGCCAGCGCCACGUUGGCCAUGCUCAGGCGCACCGUGCCGCCGGCUGUUCCCGGUAUCAUGUUCCUGUCCGGCGGGCAGUCGGAGGUCGAGGCCACGCUGAACCUCAACGCCAUGAACCAGUCGCCCAACCCGUGGCACGUCUCGUUCUCGUACGCGCGCGCGCUGCAGAACUCCGUGCUCAAGGCCUGGCAGGGCCGCCCCGAGAACGUCGAGGCCGCCCAGAAGGCGCUGCUGAUCCGCGCCAAGGCCAAUUCGCUGGCGCAGCUCGGCCUCUACUCGGCCGAGGGCGAGGCCGAGGAGGCCAAGAAGGGCAUGUUCGUCAAGGGCUACACCUACUGAUCCGUCGCGGCGGGCGGCCUUUUUUCCCUUUCUCUAAAGUUCAUAAAACUCUAAAGUUCUGAUUGAUUGAAUGACUGAGUGACUGACUGGCCCUGCAAAAAUUUUGAGGAGGCUAUCGUCUUCGAAGAUCCACUAGUUAGAAAUUAGUCGACGAUACGAUGACACGUACGAGACAAGUGGCGGUUUUGACGAUUCUGCAACGCUUCAUUACUUCUGAAGGGUAGCUGGCUUGUGAAUAGCAGUGGUACACGAGCAUUUUGGGCUUUGAUUCGAAACGCGAAAAAAAAAGGAAGGAACACCACUCGAUGGAAGUUGGCGGGAGCAUUUGGUUCGCCUCGACGCCGGUAGGUCAGGUCAGCCCGGAGACGCCGGCGAGCGAGCUGGAGGAGUUCGAUCACCCCAACUUCCCAGACCUGUGGCAGCAGGAGCCCGCAAGCACGGCGAGAUUAUACAUGACGAUUUGUUAGUAUGAGGCUUUGGAUGCGGGAGAUGGAAAGCGUCAUCUGAGAGGGAUUCAGAGCAGUAAAAUAUAGAUAUCUGCCCUCAGGAUCAUAAUUUCUCAUCAUCUGCUCGGCUAUCCUCGGUCUCGGACCUGAAUCUCGAGUGAUUGUUCUCGGGGCUGCAGCAGGUCGAUGGUUCUCAAGCAAUAUGAAAUGGCAAUUUGAAAUUCUUUUUCACUCCUCCGAU